CGCCGGGCGACCGCGGGGCGCGGUAAGGCGGCGAGGGGUGGUGAGGGCAGCGUGGUGUCGGUCCGUCCUCUGCUAGGCACGGCCGGGCCGGGCCGUGCGGGGUUGGGCUGGUCUCGUCUCGGCCGCCGCCGCCAUGAGUUCUGGCGGCACCCUGAGCAUCCUGCGCAGCGACUCCUACGCCGAACUCAGCCAGUACCGGGACCAACACUUCCGGGGGACGCGGUACGACCAGGAGCGGCUGCUGAGGAAGAGCUGCACGCUCUACGUGGGGAACCUCUCCUUCUAUACCACGGAAGAGCAGAUCCACGAGCUCUUCGGCAAAAGCGGCGACAUUAAGAAGGUCAUCAUGGGGCUGGACAAAGUGAAGAAAACCGCCUGCGGCUUCUGCUUCGUGGAGUAUUAUGCCAGAGGAGAUGCUGAAAAUGCAAUGCGCUACAUCAACGGGACCAGACUGGAUGACAGGAUCAUAAGGACAGACUGGGAUGCAGGGUUUAAGGAGGGUAGGCAGUAUGGCCGUGGACGAUCAGGGGGGCAGGUAGGUUGUUGUACAGCCUGGGGUUUUAAGGGAAUGGUGACUUUGCCAGACUUCUUGAUUUUGAAUGAACACAGAAACAUUUCAGAAAUAGCGGCUUAGGAGUCAUCGUUUAAGAUAACACUGGAAGACAUCUGAUCAAUGGCAGUAUAAUCCACUAGGAAUAAAUAACUCCUUCCUAAAUUUCACUAGAAGUACUUGCAGAAACAACUCUUGGCUGCCUGGGGAGAUAAUACUUUUAAGUAAGCCCAGAAAAUGUAAGGGGCUGUUAGGAACACACAGGACAGCAGUUGGCUUACCCCAGGUGGAGCUGGUGGCAGUGGCUUGUACUGCCAAAGCCCAAGGCUGGCCAUCCUUGCUUGGGAUGUGGUGAUUAGAGAGUCCCCAGACACGAUGAAAGAGACUAAGUUGCUUUAUGCUGUUCUGGCCUUUUGUAUGAUGCACUUCACCUUCUGUUUGUUCAGACAGCUCCAUGUAGCCACUUAGAUGUUGUGAUGUCAGUGUGACUGUAAUCUAAUGGUCUAACAGUUUUUGAGAAAUUGUUUUUCCUUGUCUUUUCUGGACUUCCCUUUCUCCCUCUUUCAUUAGGUCCGAGAUGAGUAUCGGCAAGAUUAUGAUGCUGGAAGAGGUGGCUAUGGCAAAACUGUUCAGUGCCAGUGACUCCUCAGCCUCACAAGAGAACCAAAUCUGCAUAGUAAAUGUCCCCAGGCACAAAGUAGGUCUGUUACACACAGUUCACAGAAACUCCUGUCCACGUUCCUGUGAGCACAUCCUCUGUCCAAUACCUCUUUUUUAAUACCAGGAUACAAAGCAUUGCAGAGGACCUGGGGGCAAGGCUUUAAGCAUUAGAAUGCUGAGGCUUUGGUCUCAAAAUGCUGCUAUAACUUACUGAAAGGAACAAAGAUGUAAUGUUAUGGUGCUUUUUAUGUUCUCUGGCAAAACUUGAUUAUUCUACUGGGUUUUGUUUACAUUGGGAUCACAGGGUGGAGGACAAUGAUAAAGGAUGAUUGGUGGGUGUUUCACAGAGGAAAGCAGAAGGCAAAGAGGCUGAAAAGGAAGUGGAAUUUAUAAGGAAAUUGCAAUUUCUAGAGAAGACUUUUAAGUUGCAGAUUUUCUGGCAUUACUGGAUUAGCAUCCUUUUCCAUUUAUGCUGUUCCUUGAAGGUUUACGUGAACAGCCAUAAUAAAACAGAUUAGAUUGAGUUCAGGAGUCAUGAAGUGAGAAGCAGAGAGCAGGAAACAGACCUCUGCUGUCUUCUGCAAAGUACAGUUGUGAUUGCAUGACAGAGAAGAGCAAAUACAAGAAUUACAGUACUGUUAUUUCACAGUUUGAGCAUUAGUAUUUUGCCCCAUCUGGUAGAUCUCUACAGCCUUAAUAUUUGAGCGCUUAAUAUUUGAGCCCUUACAGGGCUGUGCCUGUAAGGGUUGCAUGAAGCCAAGUUACCCCCAAAAUAGGACGUUUGAGGAACUGGGUUUAUGAGAAAGUUUCUUUCCAAAACAGGUUUUCUAUUUUAGAAACUUGAUUUCAGACAACUUAAAAAUAGAAAUAAAAGAGUUCUGGGAGGAGUUUUGCUGUCUACCGAGCAUGUGAUAAGAAUGGUAAAAGGAUUUCAGAAUUGUGUAGCUUGUUGUGUUUUGGUUUUUCUCUUUCCCUGCUGGAUCCUAUACAUACUGCUUGUUGAUGUGUUGGAAUUUUGAUGUAUUGCAGACGUAGGUUUAAAAAAUGUGAUCCCAAGAUCAGGGAAAUUGACCUGCUGAGACAAAAUAGUUUAAAAAUAACUGUUACAGGGCUUUGAAAUUUCUUCAUGGACUUCUGAAUUCCAUGUAAAUGGCAGUUAGUGAAGUUUUGUGCAAACACCUUGUUGUCCAUGACUCCUCAUAAACUGUCAAAGGUGUACAAAAGUUGAGCUUAACUCACUGAAGGUAUUGUAGGAAAUUUUGAUGUUUCUUGCUUACAGUUAAUCACAACUGUUAGUGUAAAUUGGAAGACAAGUGAGAUUGAACAACUCCUUACUUAAGAAGUGUGAGUUUGAGGUUUUUUGGCAUGUCAAGUAAAACUGGACUUUUGGGAUUACUUGGUGCUGGUCUGCAAAUAAGCUUUGAACAAAAUUACCUUUUCCUUUUUGACUAUGAGUUUACAGCCUGUAAUCUACUCUAGAACGCUGCUGAAGUUUAUUUUUCAUUGUAUCAAGUUUGUAUAAAAAAUAUGUUACCAAAAAUUCUAAAGUCACUUUCUUUUAAAUAAAGCUGCAACAUUAAAA